ACUCUCGGCGGCUCCAUGCUCAUAUUUGGCAUUAGAGGCCGGUGCCCAGGAAUUUCCCGUCAUGCCUCCCGGGGCGGCCGGGCCCGUCAUUCUGCUCCCGGGGGUGGGCAGGGAGCUGCUGGCGGGGCCGCCCCAUGCGCGCUCGGCCGCCCCCGCCGCUCCUCUCGCUCUGCCUGGCGGCCGCUGCGGUGGUAGCAGCAGCUCUUGCCCCUGUUCUUUGCCUCUGGUUUUGUUGGUGAGGAUAUCACAGUGAUGUCUGCAUUCAACUUGCUGCAUUUGGUGACAAAGAGCCAGCCAGUGGCCCUGCGAGCCUGUGGGCUUCCCUCAGGGUCAUGUAGGGAUAAAAAGAAUUGCAAGGUGGUCUUUUCCCAGCUGGACCUGAGGAAGCGGCUGACGCCUUUACAGUACCAUGUCACUCAGGAGAAAGGGACUGAAAGUGCCUUUGAGGGAGAAUACACACAUCAUAAAGCUCAUGGGAUGUACAGAUGUGUUGUCUGUGGAACUCCUUUAUUCAAGUCAGAAACAAAGUUUGACUCCAAUUCAGGUUGGCCUUCAUUCUAUGAUGUGAUCAGUCCUGAUGCAAUUACGUUCACCGAUGACUUCUCUUAUGGGAUGCACAGGAUUGAAACAGGCUGCAGUCAGUGUGGUGCUCACCUGGGGCAUAUCUUUGAUGAUGGGCCUCGUCCAACUGGCAAAAGAUAUUGCAUAAACUCUGCUUCAUUAUCUUUCGAGCCUGUAGAUAAGAACAAUGCUGGAGAAGGCAGCAGUAGCACCAGUCCUGCCCAGACAGACAAAACCGAGCUGUAGGAUAAAGGGUGGUCUUCAGAAAACUCACAGCUUAUGAAGAACGUUUUUUCUAACUUGCCUGCUAUAUUAUAUCAUAUUUUAAAAUGUAUAAAGGCAUUCUGUACCAUCAGGUUUUUUUCUUUGUUGAAAUUGAGGCCUUGCUUGCCAAUGUAUUUUACUAUAUAAUAGGAUCUAAAUAUUUGUUGACUGACUCUCCUGGUUUUGUUUUUGGAGAUUGCUUUGGGGAGGGCUUAAAACAAGAGACUUUAGCCCCAUUAGUUAUUAGUUUCUUCUUCUUGCUUUAAGAAAAGGAGUACUAGUGGCACCUUAGAGACUUGUUACUAUAGAUCUGAAUAUUUUUCCUUUUUUUUGUGAAGAAAAGGGGAUUGUGGUUAUCUUCAGACAACAGAACACUCCUGAGUGUAAUAAAAUUCUUGAGAUCCCAGCACAUCUGUGGUGGUUCUGAUUUGUGAGGCAUGUGGCCUUUGGUCAUGUGUAUUCAACCAUCUCACUGUAUCAACCACACCCUGCAAAAACUUGGACUUAGGCAAUUCCCUUCCAACUAAAAGUGAUGGAUGAGAUGUAAAGCCCUUCCUUUGGCUAAAUUAUUGCCAAAAUACAAAGGGUGUAGUUGCAGGGACAUAUAUUGCAUUAUAAUAAAUUUUUUCCCCUUGUUGGAUGUUGGAAUGGGGUAUUAAAUCAAGCUCAAAACUAUUGAGCUUCACUUGUUCAAGGUUCACUGAAUAGCCUUUGCUUUUUUGUGAGGCCCUGUCUUCUUCCGCUACAACAAUUAGAGCUCUGGACUUGAAUUAAAAUAUAAAGGGGAUUAUUUAUUUGGGCAGGAGCCGGUAGAACUUGUAGAGAAUUGAAGUGGAUGUGGGUUGACAUAGGUGGGCUAUUUGCCCUACCCAAGGCAAGGAAUCACUACAAGGUAUCAGCAGGCUCUGCGGAACCGUGGGACUGCAUAAUGAAAAGUAAAACGCCCUUUUGAAAUACUCCAUUUUUAAUUUAAACUGGCCUGGGACCAUAAAGCCUUGAAGGGCCAGGUCUUUAUAACAGGUAGCUAUAGUGAGGGGUGUUGGUGGGGAGGUGGAUGUAACAAAUGAGCAUGAAAAAAGCUGGCAAAAAGCCAGACUAUUCACUUGGUGAGUUGCUGAUUUCCCCUGGCAAGAAGUUGUCCGCAACUGCUCUUAGAGUUUAAUUUAGUAGCAUAUAAUUGCGAGUAAUGAGGUUUUCUAAGCUUUAGCGAGACAGUAUUAUCUAACAUCACUUUGCCUUGAAAUGCUCAGUGACCAACCAGAUCAAGUGCUCCCUUUGUGAGUAUCCUGUUAUGAUUGACAUUGGGUCCAGUCCUAUUCCCGCUGAGAGCAAAAUUCCCCUUGAUUUUAAUGGAAGCAAGAUUGAGCCUAUUAUAUCAAUAAAACUGAACAUCCCACCUGAAAUGUAGAGGGUGGCUGCACUCCGAGCUAGGGGUUGCUCCCAGCUCCAUGAGCCGUACACGCAGUAGCUCUGUUUGAGCUACUUGGCUAAAAAGAGAGCGUAGCUGUGGCAGCACAAGUGAAGGGAGGGGUACCCAGCCCAAGUCUGCACUUAGCGCCUCGUCCGGGUGCAAACUCAGGGCUUGCAUUGCAGUGGCUACGCUCUAUUUUUAGCAUGCUAGCUCAAUGCCAAUGGGAAUCGCACCCCCAGCUUGAAGUGUAGACACAGUCGCCCUUUAUUUUAAAAACAGCCUCUGUAAAAGCGUAUAGAAAGGUGAGAAUUGCCCCCAUCAGCACUAUUACAAAAGUAGGGAGGCAGCAUAAAAUGCUUUAAAGUAAAAUGAAUACAAAUCAAGGUGCUAAAUAUUUAGGGCUGGAUUGUUCAAUCCUAACAUUAACGAGCCACUACUUGGGAGUAGUCCCACUGAUGUCGUGUAAACAAUUACUCACUGAAGUAGGUAGAGGUUAUACAGGCUAGCCCUUAGUGUAUAAAGGCAGUCAAGCUUUUCAGGGUCCCGUGAUUCUUUAACAAUUUCUUAGAGAAGGGCUGUUCUUAUUCCUUACCUUUGUUUGAAGAGAAGUAAGUUUUCUCCUACCACAUUUUCAGAUACAAACGUAAAAAAUGCAACAUUAUAAAAAUGUGGUGCAUGCAUGUGGUUUAAUUUCAGAUUGCUCUUGGAUUUGUUAUCAAGUUUCAGUGUAUUUCUGUCUUAUGUUAGAGAAAUAUAUUGCUAAAUCUUCAGUGAGCAAUAAUGUCAGCUGUCCUACAGUAGAUUUAUUUUGGCAGGAUAUGGAAUGCAAUGAACUGAAUCAAUAUGGUGAGGUGUAUGUGAUCUGUGGGAGUUACACCGUUUAACAUAGGAAAUUCAUUGUUCUCUCUCUGCACCACAGCACAGUGCAAGGUAAGAGCUGUUACAAAAUGCCAGCACUGGCUGGUAUUAAAAAGUCCAAAUUUAGGUCAGUCAGCCUGUGGUCAUGACAAAAGGAUCUUGGGAAUUGAGCACAUUGUCUAAUGUAACAAGUGAGCAUUUCUAUCUGGUUAAACUUUGUACUGUCUGGAGGCUUAUAUAUACUGAAAGCAAAUGAUGCCGAAAUAGAAAGCUGUCUUUUAUAAUAUCCUCUCUGUAUUGCAACUUGGAUGUUUGAACAGAAUAACUUUUUAAAUGUUACCUAAAAGGUACACAUACAUAUUAUAGAUAUCCAAUGAUCAUUUCACCCUUCAGUACCUUUUAAUACCUAAAACCUUUCCUCAGAACAGUUCAAUACUUUUAAGAAAUCGUAUAUAAAUUUUUCAAUGAAAAUUUCUUUUCAUAUAUUUAUCAUAUAUGAAUAUACAAUAAAAUUACUUUCUGAAUACA